AUGAUAAUGAAUGAAUUGUACAUCGAUAAUUACAAGAUAAUAUUGAAUGAAAUUCUUGGAAAAGGAGUCUAUGGAACAGUCUAUGGUUGUCGGUCAUUAACCGAACCUCAGCUCCUUUUAUGUGCAAAAAAAAUGAUGAUCUCAGAUAAAUCAAUAUAAACUUGUGCAGAAAGGGAAAAAUAGAUUUCAGAAAUCAUUUCUUAACAUCAAUCUAAUCAAAACAUAGUCAAAGUUUAUUACGUAAAAUAUCUACCAGAAUAGAAAGUAUUGAUAAUUAUUAUGGAAAAAUGUGAUGCUAAUUUAAAAUAGUACUUAGAAUUAAAAGAUCCAAAAACUUUUAGUGAGAAUGAAUUUCUUGAUUUUUUAGAUUAAUUCUUAACUGGAUAUUCUUUUCUUUUUGAUCGAGACAUAAUACAUAGAGAUAUUAAACCAGAAAACAUAUUAAUUAAAAGAGAAAAAAAAAUAAUUUAUAAGCUAUCUGACUUUGGAACAGCAAAAAUUUAUAAAGCUAACGAUUUUGAAUUUACUAAAAUUGGCACACCUGCUUAUGUAGCACCUGAAAUAAAUUCAUAACUUAAUGACUGCGAAGUUUAUAAUAAUUUUGUAAAUUUGAAAAAAUUCUAACAUUCGAAAAGUCAAGUAGAUGUUUAUUCACUUGGUUUAAUUCUUUAUGAGAUGACAUAUGGUAAACUUCCUUUUGAGAAAAGAUUAGAUUCUAUUGUGGAUUUUGCAUAAAAAAUAAAAGCUAAUCCUUUGAUAUUACCAGGAGCCUCAAAAUUCAAGGAAAUCAUUGCGAAAAUGUUAGUAUACUAUCCUGAUUAAAGAUUGUCUUUUGAAUAUUUGUAUAAAUUUGUCAAAGAUUAUAAAAAAGAGUCAGGUCAUUGUCCAAGUCCAAUCUAAUUUAAAAUUGAUAUUGGAAAUUGUAAUCUCAGAAAAAAUAUUAAAGUAUAGAACACACCAUUUAGCCACAAAAUUAACAUAUAAAAUAAUCCUAAUUAAAUAAAUUAACCUCAUAUUUAACCUAAUCCACAUCCUUUUUAAUAGAAACCGAAUUAAUUUGCAGGGGUUUAGAAUCAUUUUUAGCCAAAUUAAGCUCCAAAUUAAAAUUUACCACCUCCUCCAUAAUAAAUUCCUGAUCCAAUUUAAAUAUAACAACCUAUUCGUAGUUCUAUUCCUCCACAAUAAAAGAUAAAAGAAUAUAUGCAAUUUAUAUUGUAAUUGUAAAAAGCUUAAACUUAGAAAUGA